AUUGAAGAUGCAGUGCAUGCGACAGCGAACACAUACGAUGCCCUUUGAAGGGUAGACCGGAGCCGAACAGAAGUCUUUGACACAUUAGUCUGCAUACUUGCACAUUAUUGAGUGCAUACUCACAGCAAGUCUCGAUUCUCAUGGCGCCGGAGUCCUAGUUUUUGGAGAUGUAUGGAGAGACUGAGGUAGACAAAAGCUGGUGGGGAUAAUCGAUAUUUCGCCGCGCCAAGUCUUCAACUUUUCUCGCACGGACCACAUCAAACUCCCGACCCUCCUCCGCAAUCUGCAUUUUCUCUAUCAACGAUCUACAUCCUUCUCAAAGGCCUACAGCUAAAUUCUCUUUUCACCGACAAACUACACAAUCGCCAUGGCAUCCGCGUGGGCAAUAGCGCUUGGUCUUGGUGCCACAGCCUUUUUCGGCCGAGCUGCAUAUGUUGCAGUGCGACGAUCCAGCGCCGCGGGCAGCGCAUUGGGCAGAGGAUACUACAAGGGUGGUUUCGAGCCCAAGAUGACGAGGAAAGAGGCCGCGCUCAUUUUGGAGAUGCCUGAGCGAGGCAUAACCAAAGAACUUCUUCGCAAGAAGCACCGACAGCUUAUGUUGCUGAACCACCCUGAUCGAGGCGGCAGCCCUUACCUGGCCACAAAAGUCAACGAAGCGAAAGAGCUACUCGACAAGGAAGUCAAGGGCUAAGGAGACAAUCUAUGAGAAGAAAAAGAAUAAUGUAAAGAUAUGUACAGUACAAUACAGAACUUCGUUUCUGUUGCAUUCAGCAUGGCGUCGGGUUAUGGUUUCGAUUUUUAAGGGAAGAAAUCGCAUUGCGACGUUAUUCACCACAUGUGUUUGUUGCGAAAGCAACAGAAUCACCACUCAUAUGAGAUAUCCACAUAUUGGAUGUAAAAUAUAAGAGACUCGGGUCCAAUCAAAUCAUUUCAACGAUAUUUAGAUUGUGAACCAAUGUUGAUGUUCGAU